UCGCCCCGAGACGAUGGCCACCGUCGCGGCGACCAUGACGACGCCGGCGCCGGCGCGCCACCACCGGUUCCGCGUGCGCGCUGCCUGGGACAUGAACCCCGGUGCCGCCACCAUCGCGGCGCCUAAGACAUCCAAGCCCAAGCCCGCCCUGGGGCAGUCGCCGGCGACGGCAACCACCCCAGCCCGCGCGCCGCCGCCCACGCACGCCGACCUCUUCGCGCGCAGCAGCGAGGGCCAAGCAAAGAAGAGCACGUAUAUGGGGUUUGAGAAAUGGUGGUUGCCGCCUGCGCCGGUGGUCAAGAAGCCACGGUCACUCUACAACGCCGCAUCGCUGGCCUACUUGGGAGACUGCAUAUAUGAACUUUAUGCUCGGAGACACUUCUUUUUUCCUCCACUAAGCAUCAAUGAGUACAACAAGCGUGUGAUGGAUGUCGUCAAGUGUGAAGCACAGGAUCUGUUGCUGAACAAACUUCUUGGAGAGGAUUUUCUAACUGAAGAAGAAAGGGACAUACUUCGCUGGGGAAGGAACAUCGUUAGCAGCAAAACUCGUACAAGAAAACGUGCAGGGAUUGCAGUCUACAACCGAGCAUCUUCACUUGAAACACUGGUUGGAUAUCUUUACCUCACGAACUUCAAGCGUCUGGAGCAAAUGAUGUUUCAAUUAGGAUUCACAAGUGGUGCUUCAUCACAGAAUAUUGCAGAUGAGUUGCGCGCCAGCUUCAAGGAAACAACCUCUGCUUCUGUACAGUCUCAGAAACCCGCAAAGCGAUGAGUAGUCUCAAAAUACAGUGACCAUGGUAUGAUUUGAAUAGAAGUUCUUCUGAUGAAGCAGAGAGGGACAUGAGUGUGCAUGUUUGUGGCAUAUCUGAUCCAAAACUGGGACUUGGACAAACGAUUGUGAAUGAUAUUUGCAUGUCGGCAAAUUUGAGUGAGUUCAGGAACAUAUGAAUGUAUGCAUCAUGCAGGCUGUGCAAGAGAAAUGGCUGAUGUCAGGGAGGACCCGAUGAUUUUGAUCUUCCGAUCGUGAGUACGUGAUGUUUAGGUCAUGAAUGCCAUUGACACCUGAGUUGUGUGUGGGUUCAGUAUUAUUUGUCUCAUGACUAAAGAUUGUUAGUGGGAUCUGUUGAACAAAUUUUGCAAAUAUAAUUAAAUCACUUGAUAUUCUCUAACA